GUUGCGAGCGGAUAUGUUGUGGCCCGUCCCACAUCCGCUUAUCGGCUACGCGAUCCGACGAACCUCGAGGAUCACCACGCGAAUCGAUCCGUGAUCUAACUACCACGUGUUUCUCAACCAUUUAACAUAAACAAUUUCUUAUUAAUCUUAUUAUUCCUCUUUUACAUUUCGAUUAAAAUUAUUCGUGAAUACUGUUCAAUAUAGAAUCGUGUUUGAUAAUUUUUCAUUAAUUGAAACCGGAUGUGAAGUACCGAAGUGUGGCUAGAUAAACUGCUUAGAGCGAAACAGUGAAAAUGGAUGGGGUCGUGUACUUAAACGACCCUUUGAUAGGGAAGAGUGUUGGUAUUUGAGUGUCUCCCGUUGGAUCCACGGAGCGGGGCUAAUUAGCAGUGUAAUUUCGACUUUCUGCGGAGUCGACAAGAAUUACGAGGCUCCACCGGUGUUGCAGUUUGCGAUCCCUGACCGCUCGAAAAAAUCAAAUGCCGAGAACUUUGCUCGAUCGCCGUUGGAUUAUCUGCUCCUGUCGUCCCACGGAUCCGCUUUUAAUGAAAGCUUUUCUCGAUCAUACCGAACAUCUCGGAGCAACGUGGUCCCCGGUUGAAAUAUCCCCAGAGGAGCUCAGAGGAUCUUGGAAAUAAUGCGAGCGAAGCGUAUCGAGGAGACACGCUUCAGACUGUUGAGGUACACGCACCGCGCCAAGUGUCGGAAAAUCAUUUAGUCGUGCAUAAACGAAGAGGAUAAUCGUGGCUGUGAAACGCGUCUGAUAAAACACGGUAAUCGAGCCUCGAAACCGAGAAGAAUACGUCGUAUGAUUGUAAACUUCGCUAUUGAUCGCGUGUCCCUUGGGAAGCUCGUCCAAUGGGAAUCGUUCUCUAGAAGUUGCCAUUCUAGAGACCUCGGUACACAAUUUUGACUGUAUAGAGCCGAAGAAACAGUUCCUCCGAAAAAUAGAAACACUUUGGAACCACGGAAAUUUCCCUGAAUCUGAUGAUUUGUAAAUAGGUGUUCCAGAAGAAAAGAAAAUUGCUGAAUAACUCGAAGAAAACGUACGACGUACCCUCGAGUUGUCAGCAUUCCAAGAAAAAGAAAGUUCCACGAAUAAAAAGUUAUCCGGAACUCGUGUAACAAUUGAAGAUUGAAGUAAAAAGGGUGAAACUUUGUUGUCUGUUGAAGUUCACUGGUUACUUCAAGGUUAAAAUAAAAGAGGAAGAAACCUGCUGGUCUGCUUGAAACUCGAAGAGUAAUCCUGUACACCUAAGAAAGAAAAUAAUAGUCUCAAGUUACUAAAGCGUAAGGAAAUCAUAUUUCGAGCAUAUGAAAUAUUAAAUUGCAUUGCCAGAAAUUUUCACGCCACUAAAAAUAUGAUAUUCUUCGGUUUCUCACACCUUGAGAAUUGCUGAAGCAAGAUAAAACUGUACGGAGAAUCAGCAAUAUCGCUCGACGACCCAAGAGAAAUAAUAAUAUCAAUUGUAACCCUGUUUCAAUUCAAGAAAACGGCAUCUGAACCGUCGUAGGGCGUAGGGGUCGUACCCGACGGAAGUCGAGAAAUUCUACGUUGGAUGGGUGUGAGGAGUUAGGGAACGAGGCGAUUCAGAGAAGAGGUGAAAAAAUUCUUGGAUCAAUGGGGGUUUGGAAGGGGGUGAGAGGAUGAAAGGGGAACGAGGGUGGAACGAGCCGCGUCAGCGUGUCAGGACGAUUUCCUCGAUGCAGUAAAAUCGUGAUACGGAAAUGGGAACGUUGCUGGACGAUACGAGAUGAACGGGGCUGGACAGAGGAUGAACCGGAAGCGGAUGUCUAAAGGGAUAAAAGAGGAAGAAUCGAGGGGCUGACGCUUGGAAAUAGAACGAGUGGAAUCCUGUCGUGGCGAGGACAAGUCGAUUUGGUGUCCGGCUGAACUUGAAUUAGAAGAGAAGGGGUUGACGAGACCGGAAGAGUCGGUGAAAUAAUUGAACCGGGGGCCACUGGUGUCCUGGAACGAAGAAAGAAAAAGUUCGGACGAGGUUGAAACAGAAUUUCAAUUAGAAAGGGUUGAUGGGGUUCGAAGCUGGGACGAAACCUUUUUCUUCCUUUCUUUUUUUUUUUGCGAACAUUCGUGUAAUUCAAGAGUUGGAACGUGUUAAAGGUUGUGAAUAGCCAUUGGCCUCGUUCUGUGAAUCGAAGUGAAAUUCCUUGUGCUAAUUCAUGUAUUUAAAUAGUCGGUGCUUGUUGAAGAAAGAAAAAGUGUGCAACAAUGAUGUGUUUUCAUGGAAUCAAAUUUUGAACUUGCCAAGCCGAAACCAGUGAACGUUGGAGUACUUUAAGGACGUUUCGUUGAGGAAACAGGAACAUUUAUCAUAGGGAAAGGGAGGAAGGGCGAGAUGACCGAUUCGUCGCGCGACUAUUCAGCAAAGCAGUUCCAUUAGCGGGAUUCUACCGUCGGAAGAAGCUGGGUAAUUAAAUUGAUCGAUCAAACCUAAUCCACCGGUCCCAGGGGUGGCAACAGCUUUAUCCAUUUAACGAGUUUCACAAAGAACGUCUUCUUAGGAAGCGACUGGUUCCAAAAAGGUAGAACCAAUGCACAAAACUGGCUGCCUGGUGAAAAGAAUCGAAUAAAAGGACAGGUACGACCGGUGCAUCCUAGAAUCUUAAGAAGAGAUUGAAGGAUGCAAUAAAUGAAACUUGAGAUAAGACUAAACUAAAAGAAAAGAUACCAAGCAACAUCUACUAAAUAUAAUGACAAAAACAACUUCAUUUAUUUAAAAUUUAAAUCAAACUAUACAUAAUCUAUAUUUCAACCCUUUGAAAUUAAAAUUGAAGAUACUUAUACCAGUGAGUCAACUUUCAUAUGGUUCAGGACCAGACAAUGAAAAAAUUAACUAGAAAUUUUGAAACUAAGAUAUCUAGAUAAAGAAUUCAAGUUUCUUAAAAGACCCAGUUCCUCUAUCGCCAACAAUGACACAACAAUAAAUCAAAUCCACCGAAAAUUGAAAUCAAGCUACCUGUAUAAGAACCUGCUGACUGAAAAGAAAAAAUGAUUAAAGGGUGACACGGAACAACCCUUUAGUUGAGCAACGAUGACACGGUUGAAAACUAGUCGAUGAUCAAUGGUCGAUCGAUCGAUCAAAGGGAGGUCCGUGAUGGAGGUCCAGAUAUUCGUAAGGUGUCCUUCGUGUACAGUCGUUCGAGCGUCGCUUUCCAGGCCGUCGUUCAACCGGAAGUGUUGUAUCGAGCUGCUAUGUGAGGAUCCCAGGGACACGCGGCAGGAUCUUGCCAACUAAAAUGCGAGAAUUGAACGCCACCGCAUGCGCUGCUUUGUACGAGCGCGUCGAGUGGUCCGGGCCCUGGAUUCUCGUUACAUUGAUCAUCCUGGGGAUCGUGAACGUGAUGGUGGUGUUAGGCAACGUGCUGGUUAUACUGGCCGUUUAUCACACCAGCAAACUGAGAAACGUCACGAAUAUGUUCAUUGUUAGUCUAGCUGUGGCUGAUCUGAUGGUCGGAUUGGCUGUGCUACCCUUUAGUGCCACGUGGGAGGUUUUCAAGGUCUGGAUAUUCGGUGAUCUAUGGUGCUCCGUGUGGCUGGCAGUGGACGUGUGGAUGUGCACAGCAUCGAUAUUGAAUUUAUGCGCCAUCAGCCUGGAUAGAUACUUAGCGGUGACCAGGCCAGUCAGUUAUCCUCAGAUCAUGUCACCGAAAAGAGCCAGACUGUUGGUCGCGACCGUGUGGGUCCUCAGCUUCGUCAUCUGCUUUCCACCCCUGGUCGGUUGGAAAGACAAACGGUCUCACCCCACGUACAAUGUGACAUUAGCGCAGAAUGGACCGUUCAACACUACUACCAUUCUCGUCCCUGUGAAACCGUGUCCUUGGAUCUGCGAGCUGACCAACGAUGCUGGUUACGUGGUCUACAGCGCUCUCGGCUCUUUCUAUAUACCGAUGUUGGUCAUGCUGUUUUUCUACUGGAGAAUCUACAACGCGGCCGUCUCUACCACGAAGGCCAUUAAUCAGGGUUUCCGGACGACAAAGGGCUCGAAAAUGCUCGGCUCCAGAUUCGACGAACAAAGGUUGACCCUGAGGAUCCAUCGAGGUCGAGGAAGCGUUCACAACGGCAGCAACAACGGUAGCCCGAGAAGUCCGGAGUCGAAUAGCCGUAGCUCGGUGAAAAGAGAGAAAAUAAAAAUCUCUGUCUCUUAUCCGAGCACAGAAACGUUGAAUACAAAGUGCAACACUCUCGAGAGGACACCCUCGAGAUGUUCGCAGACUUCCGUGCAUUAUAGCAACGGACAAACGCACAGCCAGCUUUGUCCUACCCCGAGGAGUACGCACCUCAAGGUGAGCGGUAUCAAUAGGGUCGGUAGCACCAGGAGGCCGAGCAGACGGAGCAGUUGCGAGAGUCAAAUGACGGGGGAUGAUGUGUCUCUGCGUGAACUCGCCCCCGGCCCUGAGGAGAAGCCUAGGGUGAUGAAAAUGGGCAAACGGAACAUAAAGGCCCAGGUGAAAAGAUUUCGCAUGGAAACAAAGGCGGCCAAGACGUUAGGUAUAAUCGUUGGAGGAUUCAUCCUCUGUUGGCUACCUUUCUUCACGAUGUAUCUUGUACGCGCGUUCUGCCCCAACUGUAUUCACCCCACCGUCUUCAGCGUGUUGUUUUGGUUAGGAUAUUGUAACUCAGCGAUCAACCCUUGCAUUUACGCGUUGUUCAGCAAGGACUUCCGGUUCGCGUUCAAGAGGAUUAUUUGCAAGUGCUUCUGCAAACGACGGGCUAAUACUUUGAGACGGGGCAGCGAUGGAAGCCAAUUAGCUAUGAGCCUUGUUUCUUCUAGAAACGACCGGAGUCCCAGCUACUCGAUCCGCGUACCGCAACAGGGUGUAUCGAUAGACGAUUCCGAUCCGGAUCCAAGCUCGGAACCGACGGUGCACUCGCAAAGCGAAUCUAGAUGACUGUAGCGUGCCAGAAGUGGCGCACAGCGCGUCACCUUCGAUUCAACCACCUCGAAAGUGAGGAUCCAGUCUUUCUGAACACUGCUGCCAGGUGUACGUGAACCGGGAGAACUCGUCGUGCCGCGAAAUCGAGCACGAUUCACCUUCGAGCCGGAUCACCAAUGUGUCUAAUCAAUGAACGAUGAGACACGAUAUCACACGUGUUUAUUAGACAAACGUUCGAGCUUCUUCGGUGUCUUACUUCGUUUCCAGUGAAUUGCGUCCGCGUUAAAGAAGCAGAGAACGAUGGUUAUCGAAUAUAAAUAAUACUGUUUCAAUCGUGAAUAU